GCUUGCUUCUGAGUAUCCAAAACUAACAGAAAUUUCUACCUUGUCUCUCUCGCCUUCUCUCAAUUUCACAUUCACACAAAACAACACAUCCCAAACCCAUCGCACUCUUCUCUUCUCUUCUCUCUCUCUCUCUCUCUCUCUCACACACACACACACACACAAGAACAAAACCCUAUUCUCUCCAAUUUCUAUAUACUCUCUCUAAGCUUCUUCCAUUUCGUUGCUCAUUCAUCUUCGCCUCUGUGGCGGUUACCAAAACGACGUCGCUCCGUAACUUUCUUCAACCUUUGUUUCGUGUCUCUAGGGUUAAUAUUCCCCUUCAUUGUUAUGCCUCUUUAACCCUAGUUAACGAACAAGUGCUUUUUUCACACCUUUCAAUCACCACCGUCUGCGUUUCGUUUAGGGUUUUAUCAUUUUUUUUUUCUAUUGGUGCUCUUCACUGAAUAUAUUGUUGUCCUUUAGGGUUUUCAAUAUUUUCAAUUUCAAUUUUUAGUUCUAUGAAUGGGUUAGCAAUAGAUUGAGUUCUAUCUCUGAAUUGGUGUUAUUUGGUGUUUAGGUGGUGAAGAGGUGUGUGUGUUUUGUUGUUGUUGUUAAUUUUGAUCAUGUACAGUGUUAGUUAUGGAUAGAAGUGAACCUGCGUUAGUUCCAGAAUGGUUGAGAAGUGCUGGAAGUGUUGCUGGUGCUGGCAAUUCAGCCCAACAUUUUGCAUCUUCGUCUAAUCAAACCGAUUCUCAUUCUCCAUCUGCCGCCCAUAACAAUAGGAACAGAUCUUCUAAGAACACCAGUGAAUUUCUUGAUCGAACAUCAUCGUCAAAUUCUAGGAGGGGUUCUAUCAAUGGUUCUGCCAAGCAUGCAUACAGUAGUUUCAACAGAAACCAUCGUGACAAGGACCGUGAUAGAGAGAAAGAUAGAUCCAAUUUUGGAGACCAUUGGGACCGUGAUGGUUCUGACCCAUUGGCCAACCUUUUUUCUGGAAGGAUAGAGAGGGAUACAUUGCGGCGAUCUCAUUCAAUGGUUUCCAGGAAACAGGGUGAGACCUUACCUCGUAGAGUUGCAGCUGAAACUAAAUCUGGUGGAAGCAGCAGUCACAACAAUGGCAAUGGCUUACUUUCUGGGGGUAGUGUUGGCAGUAGCAUUCAGAAAGCUGUCUUUGACAAGGAUUUUCCAUCUCUUGGGGCUGAAGAGAAGCAGGGAAUAGCUGAAAUAGGGAGGGUUUCAUCCCCUGGUUUGGGUGCCACAGCUAGUCAAAGUCUACCUGUUGGUAGUUCUGCUUUGAUCGGAGGGGAGGGAUGGACAUCUGCACUUGCAGAGGUACCUUCCAUAAUUGGAAGCAGUAGUUCUGGAUCUCUAUCAGCACAUCAAACUGUUACUGCAACUUCUGGAUCUGUUUCAGCUGGUACAACAGCUGCUCUUAAUAUGGCUGAGGCAUUGGCACAGGCUCCUUCCCGAGCUCGUUCAACUCCCCAGGUGUCGGUAAAAACACAAAGGCUUGAGGAACUGGCUAUCAAGCAGUCAAGACAGUUGAUUCCAGUAACACCAUCUAUGCCCAAGGCUUUGGCUCUUAAUUCUUCUGAGAAAUCAAAACCAAAAACAGCUGUCAGAAAUGCUGAGAUUAAUUUAGCUACCAAGAGUGCACCACAGCAACCCUCUGCAUUGCACAUUGCUAGUCAAUCUGUUCGCACUGCAAAUGCCAAAGUUGACGUUCCAAAGACAUCUGGGAAGUUUACUGAUCUUAAAUCGGUGGUGUGGGAAAAUGGUGCUUCCCCUUCUUCCAAGGAUGUUUCAAAUCCAACAAAUUAUGGUAAUAGUAAAUUGGCAAAUCAAAAUGCUGUUGCUUCAGCAGCUGCUCCUACCCUGGUGAAGAACCCCAAUAACCUAAAAUCCCCCACAAAGCGAAAGCCAGCUUCUUUGGAUUUGAAAUUAGGCUCUACUUUGGACAAGAAACAAUCCAUUUCUCAAAUGAAGAGCCGGAAUGAUUUCUUCAAUCUUCUUAAGAACAAAACAGCGACAAACUCAUCUGCUGUUCUUCCAGAUUCUGGCCAGAUGGUUUCAUCUCCCACAUUGGAAAACUCUGGUGAAGUAAACAAGGAAUCAGCUGUGCCUUCUGCAAGUCCUCAAUCUGUUGGUAAUGGCGCUGAAAUGACUAGGAAUGGCAAUGCUCAUUCACAUGAAGAGCUUUGCAGAAUUUCUGAUGAAAAGAAAGAUUCUAUUUCCAGAGCUACAGUAUAUCCAGAUGAGGAAGAAGCUGCAUUUCUUCGUUCUCUUGGCUGGGAGGAAAACUCAGAUGAGGAUGAAGGCCUUACUGAAGAGGAGAUCAAUGCUUUUUAUCAGGAGUGCAAGAAAUUGGACCCCUCCACACUCAAGUUAUGCAUCGAGGGUAUGCAGCCACAGCUGUCCAAGUUGUUUGAUUCUUGUGCAUCUGACUUGCGUGGAGCAUCUGCUGAAUUGAAGUCUUCUGAUCCCAGAUCUGAAGCUUGAUGUGCUGUUUUUAUUCAUAGUUAGAUCCAAGUUUUUUGAUGGCAGAGGGCUAGUUCCAUUCCUUUUGUUCUGAAAGAAAGGCUAUGAUUUAGAGGUUAAAUAUGUGGGUGGGUUUUGAAUGGAACCCUGCAUUUGCAAAUAUUGCAAUAAGAUACAGGUGCUUCAAUCCUUCCUACUUAACAAGGAAAUUCUUUUGUAUUUGCCUUUUUUCUUGGUUAAAAGAUAUAGGGUUGGUAGGUAGGGGCUAUUUUCUCUGCCGUAGUAGGGUGCUGGUAAAUUGCAUCUUUUGGGGUAUUUUGAUCCGUUUACUUUCUUUCAAGAGGGUUUUAUCCUAUAUGAUGAUGUUUAUUAUGUUUUUGGCCAAUUUUACCAAAAAAAAAAGGGAAAUUAAAAGUUUAUUUUAAA